UUUCUUCUUUGUCAGUAGCACCUCCAUGAUCUUAAUUCUUGUUACAGGUCGUACGCAACCUGUUUAGCAUCACUUUCCUGAUCUAACAAUACUGCAAAUGCAGAUGUUGCCCCUUCAUAAAGCAUAAGAGAGAAACCUUACCAGCGCCACACAAACUUUGUUCUUAUAUGCACUGAUUAAAGAAGCGUGAAUCCAUGUAUGUGAAGGAAGAAGGAUGAGGUAUACGUUCGUGAAUUCUCCCACUUCCACCAUUACUCUGGCCAUUCUGGUCCUCUUCGAUGGCUGGCUCCACCCGUAUCGUAACCCCACAAGGAGGCUUAUAAGAAUAGGCCCUUUCCCAUAUCGAUCUUCUGCCACCGGAGAAACCUUCCACGCUCCGCGAUCCUCCCUGAGAUGGCGUCCGGCUCGAUGAGUUCCUCGUGGACCGCAAAGGAGAACAAGACGUUCGAGAAGGCGCUCGCGGUUUACGACAAGGACACGCCCGAUCGCUGGCACAAGAUCGCCCGCGCCGUUGGAGGGAAGACGGCCGAAGAGGUGAAGCGCCAUUACGAACUGCUCGUGGAGGACGUACGGCGCAUCGAGGCAGGCCAAAUGCCUUAUUACAGGCCCUCCAACAACAGAGGUUGAAACAUUUGAAACUCAACUGGGGGCACAGACUAGAAGGCAGCAGCUAUAUAUAGGUGAAGUGUGUUGGGUUAAUCUCAUAUGGCACUAUGUGAAGAUUAUGUGUCUUUGAUCUCAACAGUAGUCUCUCUCGUGUAUAACCUUCAUUCCCCUUUUUAUCAUGUGUUGUAGAUGAAGACUACCAUUACAGACAUAUCUGGCUAGCCUUCUGUAAUUGGUAAGCUUGUUUGCUAUAUAUAUCAGAUGAAAU